CCCAGCUCCUUCUGCGCCGCGGCGGGCGGGGGCUGCGGCGGCUGCGGGCCCGGCCGCCCCCCGGGCGGGAGCCGGAGCGGAGCCGGAGCGGAGCCGCCGCCCCGCCCGCGGUACCCCCGCCGUUGGCGUGGAAACGGGCUGGCGGCUCCGGCUCCUCCUCCAGCGCCAGCGCCGCGCUCCCCCUGCCCGGCUCCCCGGCGAGAGCGCCGAGCACCUCCCUGUCUCCCGCGGGGGGCCGCCGGACAAGUGCUCCCACUGCCGCCUUCGGAACGGCCCGCGUUUUUCCGGUUGUGUUUUCCAGGGAGAAGAUGGGAAAGGGCAGGUUCCUGCUCCUGCCGGGGCUGCGGGGCUAGUCCCUGCGGUCGUGGUGUGUCUGCUCGGCAAAUCGCAGAUGCUGAUGUGAAAAAGGGCCAAAGCAGAGGAGAGGCGUCAGUGGAUGCGAGCGUUUGUACUGAUGGAUUGAGGAGGUGGAGGCUGCCUGCCUGGUGCUGAAGAGGUGGAAAGAACAGAUUUACAGAGCUGAACUGGAUCAGCUGAAGAAGUGGGGGAAGAGAAACAAAACAAGCACAGUACCAGUGAAAAGAGCUUCAGCUUUAUCUUGCAGCAUCACCACAGCAACCAGAGAACACGAUCAGAAGAAAAGGCUAGAGCAGAGAAGGUGAAAGUGCGGCUUCUUACCUUUGGACAGAAGGCAGCAAAAUCAUUAUGCAGAACAGAAAUGGGUAUUUGAUGGUUCUAGACAAACUGUGGCAAAGGGAAGCGUCCCGUCAUUAACAGGAAUGUGCCACAUUUUAUGCACUGGGAAGGGGAGUGCCAUGAGAUCUACUGAAGAGACUAUUUCAGUGGCUGCACACCUACAUGUGUUUGCACCCCUGCUGGGACUCAACUAGGUGGCUGUAGGCAUCGGGGAUCAUCAGGUAUUGGAUAGGGACCGUUUUUCCUUUCGGGGCGUACCUGGCACGUGAACUAAAAAGCACCGCAGAUCUUUUUGUGAGACGCCAACAGAGUGAGCCAGUCUGCACCCGUUCCCUUCUGUACCUGCCUGCUGUACCAUGGGAUGUCGGCAAAGCUCUGAGGAGAAAGAGGCAGCGCGGCGGUCGCGAAGGAUUGACCGCCACCUGCGCUCUGAAAGUCAGCGACAACGAAGAGAGAUAAAACUCCUCCUCCUGGGCACCAGCAAUUCUGGGAAGAGUACUAUCGUAAAGCAGAUGAAAAUCAUUCACAGUGGUGGCUUUAACUUGGAGGCCUGUAAGGAAUACAAACCUCUGAUUAUCUAUAAUGCAAUUGACUCUCUCACACGUAUCAUUCGGGCUCUGGCCACCCUUAAGAUAGAAUUUCACAACCCUGACAGAGCAUACGAUGCAGUGCAGCUUUUUGCCCUGACAGGCCCAGCCGAGAGCAAAGGGGAGAUUACCCCAGAGCUGCUGGGGGUGAUGAAGAGGCUGUGGGCAGACCCCGGCGUGCAGGAGUGUUUUUGCCGCUCCAACGAGUACCACCUGGAGGAUAAUGCUGCGUACUACCUGAACGACCUGGAACGGAUCGCAGCUCUGGACUACAUCCCCACGGUGGAAGAUAUUCUGCGGUCUCGGGACAUGACCACAGGGAUUGUAGAAAAUAAGUUCACCUUCAAAGAGCUGACUUUCAAAAUGGUGGAUGUGGGUGGACAGAGAUCUGAACGCAAAAAGUGGAUCCACUGUUUCGAGGGGGUUACAGCAAUAAUUUUCUGUGUGGAGCUGAGUGGGUAUGACUUGAAGCUGUAUGAAGAUAACCAAACAAGUCGAAUGGCAGAAAGUUUGCGUCUGUUUGAUUCCAUCUGCAACAACAACUGGUUUAUCAACACUUCCCUCAUCCUUUUUUUGAAUAAGAAAGAUCUGCUGGCAGAAAAAAUCCGACGCAUCCCCUUAACAGUCUGCUUUCCUGAAUACAAAGGCCAAAACACUUACGAGGAGGCAGCAGUCUACAUCCAACGCCAGUUUGAGGACUUGAAUCGCAACAAGGAGACCAAGGAGAUCUACUCACACUUCACCUGUGCCACUGAUACCAGUAACAUACAAUUUGUGUUUGAUGCAGUGACAGAUGUCAUCAUUCAGAACAAUCUCAAAUACAUUGGCCUCUGCUAAGAAUCCUUGGGUUUAAUCUGUUUUCCUGGAGUGAUAAAAAAGGGGCUAACCUCUUCCACUUCUAGUGGAAAAAAAUUGGGCAAUGCUUAAUAGCCCAAGGAAAGAAAAGGGGAAAUCUGAUAUAUGAACACAGUUCCUCUUAUGCCCCCUUAACCUGCUACAUCAUUUCCCCCAAAUAUAUGUUCUGGAGAGUGAGAGCCUCCUCUCCAAGGAAACCAAACACCCCCAGUGAAAAAAAAAAACCCAACCAAAAACUCAAAAAUCCCCAAACAAAAACAAAAAAAGAGAUUGAGGCCUAACUCUGUGGAGAUGUUUCACCACAGUCACUGCACUUUUAUUCCAUUUGUUUCAUUCCAUUUCCUACAGUGGGAGUGUUAUCAUGUUCUGUGUAAGAAAUUACUCUUCAUCCAGUUGUCCUAAAAUUUUAUUGACAUAAAAAUAUAAAUCUGGUGAGUGACAGAUGAACUUGUUUGCAGGGUGUGGAGCAAAAUGUUGUGUUGGGGAGAAAAGCUAGUUCAAACCAGAAGCUACUGAAUGAGAGAGUUUAAGCAAAAUGCUACUUAAAUUUGUAGAGUGGGUAUGCACCCACAAUAUUGGUAUCCACAGUCAAGAGUAUGUACACAUCCAUCAUGUAUGCACAUGCACAUGACUCUAAGCAUAUACUAUGUACACACCUCUGCUUUACUUUACUGUUUCUCAUGGACACCUUGCCUAUUAAAGGAAUUGUUGGUGCGCAACUGUUUUGUGAUUUCCAAACUGACUAGCAGCUCUUUCUGCUCUUUAUGGCUUCAAAUAUGCAGCAAAAUUACAUGAAAUGAAUCUCUGAAUAGGCCAAAUUAAGGUCGGUGUUUCUUCUACUGAUAAGGAGUUUUAUACAUCAAAACAGUCUUCUUUUACAUCUUUUUUUGCCAAAUCUUGUGGUGUUUCAUGAAAAACCAAAUUAUAUUUAAGAAGUAGGUUAGUGUUCCUUUUUUAAUACAGAUUAAAAAAAAAUAAAUCACAAAGCAAUUUUUUAAAUUAUUGUUGUAGUGUCUGGAUUGCUGAAUGUGAAAGUUGCCAACGGACAAUUCUGUUCCACUGCUCCAAAUACCUUCUGGGUAUCGUAAUAUUGUAAGAGAUUUCCCAAGAAGCAGGAGCCAUGGAGAUUGUGUAGUAUAUAGCCUCCAAAGUCUUUUUUUGUUGGUUUUUUAAAUUAUUUUUAAAAUGUGAUGUGUUAUUAGAAGGUUAAAGAUGAGCGAUAUGAACAAUAACUAAAUGUCUUUAUAUUUCAAUUUAAUAAUUUAAAUUAUUUACAGUUUAGUCAAGUUAAGGAAACUGAAGAGAUGCAAUCCUCAGCUCCAGGUUUCAUCUCAUAAAGAAACACUACUGGAUGGAGUAACAUUCCGGCAAAAGUUUGAAUGCAUAAAGAAGCUCUGUGGGACUGUACUGGAAAAUCUCAUAUGGAUUAUAUAGACCUAAGUCUUUGGUCAGUUGGUUCUUUCCCCUGCCAUAGAAAAGACUUCUUAAAGACUUCAGUGUAAAGUUGGUGUGUAAAUAUAUGUUUGAUAACUGUAAAGCACAUACGUACACAGAGACACAGACACACAUGCACACUGGAAAAUCACCUUCUACUUUUGUUCCCCUUAUGUACUACAAUUAGUGCAAGAAAUCUCAGCCAAGGGCUCUAAGAAAAUUAAAACAAAAUGGUUAAUAACAUCAACAUUUAAAUUGUCCACUUCAAAAAUAAAUAAUUCAAAUGAUA